AUGGAGGUGACAUUCGGCGCCGUUGGGGAUUUUAUCUCCAUUGGUGUGCUCAUCAAGGAUUUUAUCGAAUUACUCGAUGACAGUCGGGGCUCGGCUUGGGAAUACAACUCGUUGAGGCAACAACUCAUCUUUCUUCGACUGAACUUGGACCUCGCAAAGCGCUCCUACGAUGAGUACUACAACGCGCCCCAGUUCCAAGAUAUUCGGAACACGCUCGAGAGUGUCGUGGAUGAGGCUGAGAGAAGACUGGAGGACAUUGCAGUUAAGGUGCAAAAAUACACAACUCUGUCUCAAGGCUCGACUGAGAGACGGAUAAAAAAGGUUGCAAAAAAAGUACAAUGGAGUCUUGAGAAGAAGGAGACAGAAAAGUUUUUGUUGGACCUCAAUCGUUAUACAUCCAUCAUUCAAUCACUGCAGUUUGAUGCAUUUGCGCGUUUGAUGGAACGCAACUUUAAUAGUAGCCAGAAAGACCAAAGUGAUACCCAAGAACUUGUAAGCAAACUUCAAAAGGACUUUGGAGAUCGAUUCACUUGCCUUGAAGAAGAGCUGAGAGCUGUUAAAACCACCUCGGCUAAUACGCAACAAUAUCUACUCAACAUUAGUAUGGUUGUCACUAGGCGACUCGACAUAGUCACACAAACAGUCAACUCUCUGGGUCUUGCUGUACUGCGAGGUGUUUCGGGCAUGUCUUACCUUGGGACAUCCGUCUUGUCUUUAUUAUCCACCAUGCACAACAACAUUAUAGGUCGUCUCGAGCGCCCUCCGCAUAUGGGCCCUUAUUUUACGUUUGAGGAUUAUCUAGGUGUUGAUUCGAUCAUAUUGAUUAAUUUUGUGGAUUCUUGGAACGCCUUUGAAGGAUCUUUACAUGGCAAGUUCAAGGGUCGAAAGGGCGGCAGACGAGUGGCCCAGAAUCGAUUCCUCCUACAGGAUCAUCAAACCGGAGACGAGAUUGAUCGAGAUGUUCAUUGGAGCUUGGCUAUCACACCAGGGUCUCGGAUCAACAUGAGUCUGAUUUGUGAAGUUAAGGAGGAUGAGGAUGAAGCCCAAUCCCUAAAGUGCCCGUUUCCAUCAUGCGGAGCAAUGUGUGAAGGAGUUAUAGGGACUGUUAUUCAAUGCCCUUCGUGUCAGCAGUUGUUUCGAAAACUACCAGGCAUGUCUGACGAUGAAGAGCUUCCAGUAGCACCCAAUGCUCCUGACUCGGGAAUUAAUGAUCCAAACUUGAAGCCGGGAAGUAACCCAUCUAAGCUUGGUCAAUCUCGCAAAAGAAAGGGGGCCCCUCUAGACAAAAGAAGAGCGCUACGGGCCAAAAGGAAACCAACAGACGCGCGUAAUGCUGGUUCUGACUCGGAUGAUGCCGACUUGACAGGGAUCAGGCGAGUGACUGUACUACCGAUAUUGCGGCUUGCUAUACGACCAACUCCACCAGACUCCGAGACAGAACGAAAGUUCGGAGCUUCAGCACAACACAUUGCUUUCGAAGAACAAGAAACGAGUCGCAGCUCAGAUAACAUCACCGAGAGUGACAGCAUUGAAACACCAUCGAGGACCAUCGAGUCACAACCCUGGGGCAAGAAUAAAAGAGUAUCGCAGCUACAAUCUGAGUCUUAUGGAGAACAACUCGGGUUCGGAACUGCCUAUGUGAGUGGCAUACCGUCCCAAAAGAGUGGCGGCCACAACGGAUAUCCGGACGACAAGAUUCCUGGCCCAGGCGCAUAUGGCUUUGAGAGCGUGUUGCCGGGUGGUUUCAAAUCCAAACACCCUCGACGGAAGUGCGAAAGCACACGUGUCCCGCAAAGACCAUCAACAUCCCGGGAUACGGGAUCUGAGGAAAAGAAGAAAUCCGUGAAAAAAGACGUGCGAGACGUCCGGAAGGCAACAGAAGCAGAUGCAAAGCGCCAUAAAAUCCCCACUGGAUAUUCUUUAAAGCACUGGGACCCAGAUGAGGAACCAAUCUUGCUCCUUGGUAGCGUUUUCGACGCCUUUUCUUUUGGGAAAUGGGUUUAUGACUGGUCUGUAUACGCUCAUGGACCUUCGACACCAAUAUCGGAUAUGGCGGGAGAAUUCUGGCUGCUACUCAUUCAGCUGGCUGGCAAAGUGAAGAGAGCGGAGGAGACAGUAGAAAGGGUCAGGUUAGUGGACUCUAAGGACUUGGUAGAGGAAUUUAUCGAAGCAGGGGAGAGGUUAUGGGCGAAACUGGUGUCGCUGCUCAAGAAGUGCGAGGCUCCCAUGUUGGAAGCAUACAAGCUUAAAGAAAGGAAACGUAAAAACACAGUUCACAAGCAGGGCAACUCAGACGGCAACGACAAGAAGUUUUCACAGGAGGCCAAGAGCGAAUCAGAUGGUUUGAACAAGGAAACUGAAGAAACGGUAGCGUCUAACGAGGGAGGUAAUGUGGAAGAGACGGAAAAGCCGAAGCAAGAUGUCGAGAAAAACGCUGGCGUUGUUUUCAUUGACACGCUAUUUGGCCAAGACAAGGAGUUGAAACGAACUGAGCGGUGGAUGCAGAACAUGCGAACUUACAACCUGAGAUUCGACGCCAAUUGCGAGGAUAUGAUAAGAAACCCUAGUAAAUAUUAA